CGCUCAUUGGCUAUUCAGGAGAGAGACGAAGGCGCUUAAAUACACAGCCUGCGUUGAAGGACUGAAACAAAACGAAAUUAACAUUUAGCAAAUAAGUUGUUUAUCUUCAAGGCACCAUGCAGUCCAGGCGAUGGUUUGGAGGGGCUGGGUUUAGCUUUGCAGAUGACCCGGUCACAGAGACGUUGUCCCAGGCCAUCCGAGGCACAGGAGAAGAGCUGGACCGAGAGCCAGACACUGGGGUGCUGUUUGGCAGCCUACGUGGGAGCGUGGUAGGCCUCCGGUAUUAUACUGGCGUGGUGAACAAAGGGGAGAUGGUGUCUCUGGUGCGUCAGCCUCAGAACCCGUACGACCGUAAUGCGGUGAUGGUGGCUAACGUCUAUGGCAGUCAGGUGGGGCACAUCAAACGAGAGCUAGCUGUGUUGUUGGCUAACAUCAUGGACAACAACUUGGCCAGGGUGGAAGGGGUGGUGCCGUUCGGGGUGACAAACCAGUUCACCAUGUCUGUAGUUCUGUCCUUCUGGGGGAGAGAGGAGAACAGAGAUGCAGUGGUGAGGCAGAUAACUUCCCGCAGCUUCAAACUGCAGAGUGGGCCUACAGGAUUCAUGUGUGCAGAUGGUUCUAGAGAUCUGCCCAGGAAGAGUGUCCUACUGACUGCAGAAGAGUUGAAGAAUGCAUUUGACAAUUUAUUUGAAAACCUGAUGGAGGAUAAGAUUGGAGAGAGAGAGGCAGUGGAGGCAGUGUGUACUCCGCUGCUGCCCCACCAGAAGCAGGCUCUGAGCUGGAUGUGUGUGUGUGAAAACAACACUGCGCUGCCCCACUUCUGGGAGGUUAAGGGGGAACUGUUCUAUAACACACUCACACACUCCUCUGUUAGAGAGAGACCGCAGAGGGUCCGGGGCGGCAUACUGGCUGACGACAUGGGACUGGGGAAAACGUUGACCACCAUCGCUCUGAUCCUCUCCAACUUCCACCACGGGAAACCUCUGUGUGAACCGGAGAAGUCUUCCCCAGAAUCUAAGGCCUCUAUCACCGCAAGGAAAAACCCUGAAGGGAAGAGUGGUGACGGGGAUCAGGCAGAAGUGUCUGUGGCUCCCGCUGGUCACUCCCCUUGUAUGAGAGCCAAUCAGGCUGAAGCCCAGGUGGUGUGUGUGGAGUCAGUGGACGUGGUGCAAGAGGUUGGAGACGAGGAUUGGGUGUCUGAAAAGAAAGCGAAGGGAAGGCCACAGGGCGGCAAAGCCAAGGCCACCACAACAAAGAAAGCUGCUAAGACCAAAGGGAAAGCAGUCAGCACCUCAAGAAAAGGGGGUGCUGUGUUGGAGGACCUGGACUUUGCAGCAGCACUGAGUGGGUUAACACAGGGAGCUCCUCAGAAAAAGAGUGUUGGUAAAAGUGUAGUUUCACCGGUGGAAGCUGCCUCUUCCCAGAGCACAGACGACCCAGCAGCCAAAGCCACUCUCAUCAUCUGCCCCUUAUCAGUACUCAGCAACUGGCUGGACCAGUUGGAUCAACAUGUGCGAGCGGACGUCAAGAUGAAUGUGUAUCUGUACUAUGGCUCGGAACGCAACAGGGACACACACUUCCUGUCCUCGCAGCACAUGGUCCUCACCACCUACAACGUGCUUUCUGCUGACUACUCGGGCAGUGCUAGUCCCCUCCAUACAGUGAGCUGGUUGAGAGUGGUCUUGGACGAGGGCCAUAUUAUCAGAAACCCAAACACCCAGCAGAGCAAGGCUGUACUCAAAUUAAACACACAGAGACGCUGGAUUCUCACAGGCACUCCCAUCCAGAACAACCUGAGGGAUCUGUGGAUGCUGGUGGCUUUUCUGCGUCUUAAGCCAUUCGACGUGAGAGAGUGGUGGAACAGAGUCAUACAGAGACCUGUCACACAGGGGGACAAGACCGGCCUGCAGAAUCUGCAGGCUCUAGUGAAGUGUGUCACGCUGCGUCGUACGAAGACCAGCCGUGUGUGUGGUCGGCCUCUGGUCUCUCUGCCGGAGAGGAGUGUCAGAAUAGAGGAAGUGGAGCUGACACAGAAGGAGAGGGAGGAAUACGAGCUGGCACGCACAGAGGGACGCACCACCAUCAGCAGGUGUGGCUGUGUGUGUUUAUACCUGUGUGUGGCUGUGUGUGUUUAUACCUGUAUGUGGCCAUGUGUGUUUUCACCUGUGUGUGUGUGUGUGUCUAGGUACGUUGCAGAGGGGACCGUCCUCAGGAACUACGCAGAUGUUCUGGCUAUCCUAGUCAGGCUGAGACAGUUCUGCUGCCACCCUGGCCUACUGGGAAAGACCACUACACACACAGGUGUUGUAGCUGUGACUCCUGCAGAGUUGAGAGAGCGUCUGAUAAUGAAACUGAGGCUGGUGCUGGGCACUGGCUCUGAUGAAGAGUGUGCUGUAUGUCUGGACUCUGUUCGUCUGCCCGUCAUCACACACUGUGCACACGUCUACUGCAGACCCUGCAUCGCAGAGGUCAUACGCAGUGAGCAGGAGCAGGCGCGUUGCCCUCUGUGCAGAGGCCAGAUCAAGGCCAGUGAACUAGUGGAGUUCCCUCUGGAGGAGGAGGAGGAGGAGGAGAGUAACCUCUUGGAGAACUGGAGGAGCAGCUCCAAGGUGGAGGCUCUAAUGUCUAGCCUGCUCAGACUGCGCAGUGAGGACGACAGCAUCAGGAGUCUGGUUGUCUCUCAGUUCACACGCUUCCUCACUAUUCUGGAGAUUCCACUCAGGGAGGAGGGUUUCAAGUUUGUACGUCUGGACGGCACUAUGAGCCAGAAAAGGCGGGCUCAGGUCAUUCAGGAGUUCCAGAGCGACGCCCCUGGCAGCCCAUUGAUCAUGCUGCUGUCACUCAAAGCCGGAGGGGUGGGGAUAAACCUCAGCUCUGCAUCCCGCGUCUUCCUCAUGGACCCAGCAUGGAACCCAGCAGCAGAGGACCAGUGUGUGGACCGGUGUCACCGCCUCGGCCAGAAGAGAGAUGUUGUCAUCACUAAGUUCAUAGUGAAGGGCUCCGUGGAGGAGAACAUGGUGAAGAUUCAGAGGCAGAAGCAGGAUCUGGUGGAGAAGGCUUUUGGCACCAAGAACCCCAUUGAGAGGAAGACGUCACGUGUUGAUGAAAUCCGAGCCCUGAUGGAGCUGUAGAGGCCAGCACUAAAAACAGCAAUUCUUUUGAACAGAGCCCUCUCUGGCAGGCCAACGUUGUUGUCCUUUAAGUUUAGAGAUAAUGUUCUCCCAGCUGUGGGACCAAACACACACACUGCCCAUUUUUAGAGCAGUACUGCAUGUGUGGGAAUAAAGAAUCUGUGACAAAUCAUACAUUAGUCUUUUUAAUUUGUUUUUGGUCCUAAAUUCCCCACAAAGGGAAAUUCAUAGCUCAGGGUUCAAACCUCUGUAAAACAUCCUCUAGGAGUCUACGGAAUAGGUGAGACAUGAGUUUACUGUAGACUUGACUAACUUGCUUUACUUUACAGAGCAGAGGAAAAUAUGAGGAUAAAAGGAUGUGUAUCACAGGUGUAAUUCUUAAUAAAACUCAGAUUAGAAAUAAUCUUGAUACCAUUC